AUGUCGUCCUCACAGUCCACUCAAUCCGACGGUCUCGCCGCAUCUGCCGCGACGCCGCCAGAGGCGAGCGGAGGCGCUCCGGCAGAGCCGCAAGCGGGGAACGCGCAGGCCGCCAAAGCGCCGUUUAAGAUGCCCACACCGGAGGAGAUGGCGGCUCAGGAGAUGAUGAACCACUGCGGCGUGCGAACGGUCAUCAGCGGCGUGAUGGGAGGCGGCAUGGGGGUGAUGAUGGGCCUGCUAUUUGGCGCAUUGGAUCAGCCUCUGCACGUGGAGGAGAUGAGCACGCGGCAGCAGCUGGUGCAUGGCUUUAAGCAGAUGGCGCAGCGCAGCUGGCACACAGGCAAGACCUUUGCCGUCAUGGGGGCGAUCUUCUCGGCAUCAGAGUGUAUGGCUGAGAAAGCAAGAGCGAGGCAUGAUGAGGUCAACACCGUCAUUGCUGGCUGUGUCACUGGAGGAGCGCUCUCAGCUAGAGCGGGCCCGCAAGCAGCAUGCAUGGGGUGUGCUGGCUUUGCUGCCUUCUCACUUCUCAUUGAGAAGUCACAUUCGAUAGUGUCACAGCAGAGCACCAUCCAAUCAAGCCGCUCAGCCAAUCUGCCCGCACCACACCAGACUGGAGGAGAGGAGAUGAUGAACCAGUGUGGCGUGCAAACAAGCCGUUAUCAGCGGCAUGGGGGUGAUGAUGGGUCUGCUGUUUGGCGCUUUGGACCAGCCUUCGCACGUGGAGGAGAUGAGCACAUGCUGUUCCUUCAACUUUUCAUCCUCUUGUUUCCUAAACCCUUACUCCUGCUGUUCAUUGCAGGUGGCGGCAUGGGGGUGAUGAUGGGUCUGUUGUUCGGUGCCUUGGACCAACCUUUGCAUGUGGAGGAGAUGAGCACGCGGCAGCAGCUGGUGCAUGGGUUCAAGCAGAUGGCGCAGCGCAGCUGGCACACAGGCAAGACCUUUGCCGUCAUGGGGGCGAUCUUCUCGGCAUCAGAGUGUAUGGCUGAGAAGGCGAGAGCAAGGCAUGACGAGGUCAACACCGUCAUUGCUGGCUGUGUCACUGGAGGAGCGCUCUCAGCUAGAGGUGAGUGA